AUGCCCGCCACCAUCGCGCCGGAGCGCCACGAGGUGCCCGGGGUAGUAUCAUUUGCGAGGCUCCUUGAUGACCUCUUGGCUCGCUCAACAGAAGUCAAAUCUACUCCUACAAUCGAACCUGCACUACAGAAGGCGGACUUUGGCGAUCUCGAUAACCAGCUUGCCCACGUCUUUGCAGCACCCGAUGCCUCAGAACAGGAAAAUGGAGCCAGCAGUGCUACACAGAGAAAGGCCCAGCAAUUUGCUAUCAUUGAGACAGCUGUACGAGACAUGUUCAGCAACUUAAUUGCUACUACCACAAUCGAAUCCCCCGAUUUCGUCAAAGUCUGGAACUUGUUCGACCUACUUGCCGUUCUGUCCGAUGACGAAAAGUGUGACCCCGCGUUGCUUUUCUGGUUGGUGGAAGAGCUUUUGGAUAGCCAGACGAUUGCCGGAUGCCGCAAGAUAUUCGAUUUCCUUGAGUCCAGGCGAGAAAGGAUCACUGUCAAGCAUUUCAAGCAGAAGCAGUUGGUCAUUCUGCGGAGUUGUAAUGAACUUCUUCGCCGUCUUUCUCGCGCGGAGGACACUGCUUUUUGCGGACGAGUUUUUAUAUUCAUGUUCCAAAGCUUCCCCUUGGGCGACAAGAGUUCUGUGAACUUGCGAGGAGAAUACCACGUUGAGAACGUCACAGUCUAUGAUGACCUUACUACUAAGAACGAAGACAUACCUGAUCAGAUGGAUGUGGACAAGCCCGCUGAAGCUAAGGAUGCGGAAUCGAAAUCCCAGGCAAAGGCUGUGUCCUUUGACCCCAAAAAGCCAAUUCAAGCGGAUCAGCCACUCGAGCCAGAUGUUUUGUACCCUCUAUUUUGGUCUCUUCAGGAAACCUUCAGUCAGCCAAAGAAACUGUUCGAGCCCGAAAAUCUUGCCAGCUUCAAACGUGGCCUAGAGGCAACCAUGACAUCUUUCCGGGCAAUUCAAAACGAACAGGGCCAGAGGCCACCUAAGGCGAUAGAUGAGGCUCAGCGGAGCUUGAAACGUAAACGAGAAGAUGCAGAAGAAGGUGAUUUGGCGAAUUCUUACAACCCAAAGUACUUGACUAGCCGGGACCUAUUUGAAUUGGAGAUGAGCGACAUAUCGUUCCGAAGACAUAUUCUUGUCCAAGCAUUGAUUAUAAUGGACUUUCUUCUAUCUCUUUCCAGCAAAGUUAAAGAGAAGUUGGCAGGUAACGCUCAGAACAAGUCGGUAAUAUACAUGGGACAGGUACUGAGUGAUGAAGAUACCAAGUGGGCAACAGAGAUGAAAAAGACCAUCGUUGAGAAAUACCUCAAACACGGUGUCGACGGCCCCUACUUCUGUCGGGUGGUUGAGACGGUCCUUGCUAGAGAUAAGAAUUGGGUCAGAUGGAAGUCUGAAAACUGCCCAUCAAUAGAACUACCACCCGUGCCUCCCGAAACAUUCCUCGAAGCCAAGAAAACUGUUCAACGCACAGCAACGAAGAAGCGUUUAAGGGCUACACCUAUGGGCUCUUUGUCAUUGAAUUUCUUAGAAGAUGGUAACGAAAAGACUGCGAUGCAGAAGCUUAAGGCCGAAGAGAGAUACAGCCUUCCAGAAUUGGAGAGUUUCAAGAGGAAAAUUGCCGACGAUGACUUUGAGAUUGAAAUGCCUACAAACAAUCAGACAAAGGCUGCUGCCGUCGAGAGCAAGGCCAGCAAGAGCUGGCGAGCCCUCAGGAUAGCAAGCAAGACCAGGCUGGCUUUGUUUGACAAAAUUGACGAUCCGGAUAAGAUUGACGCAGUAUUUGAGGAGCCAGUUGACGCAGAUGAGGCCGAGGCGGCCGCGGAAGAAGCCGUGAACAUUACCAACGUCCCUGAAGACAAACGUCCCAUUGUCAUCUCGGGGCCACCUGGAGUGGGAAAGGCUACAAUAUUUGGUCUUCUUGCUGCACGGCACCCUGGAGCCUUCACGCGGGUACCUCGGCAUACCACUAGGAAACCUCAGGAAGGAGAGGUCGAUGGCCAACACUUCCACUUUGUGGAAGCACAAGCCUUUAACAUGCUGAGGGAUGGCGAUGCAUUGCUAGAGUUUACGAUGGUGGACGAUGUGGAUUACGGAACAAGCCGGAAAGCUGUAGAUGCCGUUGCUGAGGGAGGAAAGGUUCCGGUGAUGUAUAUGGACAGCGAGGCCGUUCAACAAGUUCGAGAUCUUGGCUUCUCGGCCCGAUUUGUUCUUCUUCUGCCACCCAGUAAGGAACUUUUGGCGGAACGUCUGAAGAAAGCUGGGAAGAGCGAUAGUGUCGUGCAAGAGAUGCUUUCCAAGGCGGUCUCCUACCUGGAGACGUCUACCGCAAAUGAGGGGUUCGACCUAGUUUUAACGAACGAGGAUCUCGGAACUACCGUCAAGGACUUAGAGGGGCACAUAUAUGGUACGGGGGGGGGGGAGAAGCUCUCAGAUGAGAAGCCUGCUGAAAUCGAGGUAACCGGUGAGGAUGCGGCCAUGGUUGACGCGCCUGCAGAAGAACCACCAGUGGAAGAAGAAACGCAAAAUGAAGGGGUCGAGGUGGCUGAAACUAUCGAGGUGAAGGGGACGAUGUCGUAG